AUGGCCCCUUUCGGCUCGACUUCCGCUACACUUUCCACUCCCUCCGAGUCGAGCGCCCGCAGAAUUGUCCAAAUGCAAGACUGGGUUCCCGCACAGGAAGCCAUGUUCUCCGACGCUGGUGCCGCGCUGCCCACCGGGCCGUCGUUGCAAGUCCAAUCCUACAACGUGCACCCCCCGCACUCCCGACUACGAAGCAUGAGUGUCUCCCUUCCGUGGCGACAGCGCCCUAAGUCGGCGCUGAUCGAUCCUGGUAUGGAAUCCGGAUAUUAUGACUUGUCGCUGGAGAAGAGCAAGAGCCACGGGUCCGGCGGGCAGGAAGAUAUUCUCCUCCCGCCUGUGGCCCCGAGAGAGGGCAAUUUCAAGCGAAUGUUGCGCCGGGCCUCAGUCUCGCUCAAGACAGGGGUGAAGGGAUUCAUUCACAGACGGACCUCGGUCCCGGCUACGACGACCUUCGAUACCGAUGGCCGGCCUGCGAGGCCCCAGUUCGCCGGCUCCUCCCACCAUGCCCCGCGCCCGACGACCUCACACGCGGGUUGGCACCGCCUUCGGCAGAGGGCCAGUUUCCACCGACAGUCGCCAAUGAUGUACCCGGGCUAUGGCGAGAAACUAUUCCAGCACGACCUCGACCCGAUCGAAUCCCCGACCUUUCCCGUCCCCGGCUCCGGCGAGCAACCGCCCAUCAUCCCGCGGAAUACCGGGGCCGCGGCGAGACAUGCGGCGGCGAUUGCCUGCAAUGGACUAAACGGUUACGAUGUUAUGGAUAUGCCGUUCCCGCGUCCGGGAUGGCUCGCAAAAGAUUCGCUGGAUGAUCAUGAGAGCGGGAUCGGGAUUGCCCUGACGAGCUGUGAAAUGGAGGCCUACGUCCCGGGCGAUGAGGUGGAUUCUGACGUAGAUGUUGGAACCGAUCUCAGCCGCGAUGAGACGGCCAUCAUCAAAGUUGACUUCAUCUCGGAGCUGCCGACGGAGCUCGCAAUCCAGGUACUUGCGCUCCUCGAUGCGGCGACUCUGAACACAGCCAGCCGGGUGUGCUCGGGCUGGUCCGAGGUGAUCAGAAACCAGCACAUCUGGCGCGAGUCGUUCUUGCGCGAGAAGACGACCGCUUACGCCACGAGCGGGCCGGUAAAGCCAGGUGCCGGCUUGGGUGUGCCGAGUGUGCAGCCAACCAACGACUGGAAGGAGAUCUACAGGGUGAAGACCGAGCUCGACAAGCGCUGGAAGGAGGGCAAGGCGCGACCGGUUUAUCUUAACGGGCACACAGAUAGCAUCUAUUGCCUGCAGUUUGACGAAUCCAAGAUCAUCACCGGUUCCCGCGACCGCACCAUCCGCGUCUGGGACAUGCACACCUUUGCCUGCACGCUCGUCAUCGGCCCCCCCGAAGUCGUCAACGACGCCUGCGCGCUGCUCUACGACGAGAAUAACGACCCGCUACACCACGCCACCAUCCCAGAUAUUGACGCGUCCCCGACAGCCGACGGGCUCCCGCACGCCCCAAUCCGCGCAUGCCCCUCCGUCCCGGCCCUCUACGCACCGUCGAUGCACCACCAAGCCUCCAUCCUCUGCCUGCAAUACGACGACCGCAUCCUGGUCACGGGCUCCUCGGACUCCACCUGCAUCGUGUACUCCAUCGAGGAUGGCUACCGGCCUGUCCGGCGGCUGCGGCACCACUCGGCGGCGGUGCUCGACCUCGUCUUCGACGACAAGCACAUCGUGACCUGCUCCAAGGACGUGUCCAUCUGCGUGUGGGACCGGGCGACGGGGGCGCUGCUGCGGCAGCUGCGCGGGCACUCGGGCCCCGUCAACGCGGUGCAGAUGCGCGGCAACACCAUCGUGUCGUGCAGCGGCGACUUCAAGGUGAAACUGUGGAACAUCGAGACGGGCAAAAACAUCCGCGAGUUCCUCGGCCACACCAAGGGCCUCGCCUGCACUCAGUUCUCCGAGGACGGCCGCUACAUCGCCAGCGCCGGCAACGACAAGGUCAUCCGCCUCUGGGACGCCAACACCGGCGAGUGUGUCCGCUCCAUGGACGCCCAUGAUAACUUGGUCCGCAGCCUGCAUGUGGACAGCGUCAGCGGCCGUCUGGUCAGUGCCAGCUAUGACUCGGACAUCAAGGUCUGGGAUAUGGAGACGGGCCAGGCGCUGCUGGAUUUUCCCAAGUGGCAUUCCAGUUGGGUGCUGAGCGCCAAGAGCGACUAUCGCCGGAUUGUGAGCUCGGGGCAGGACCCCAAGAUUUUGAUCCUCGAUUUUGGUGCCGGCGUGGAGGGCAUUGAGAUGCUGGAGAGCGCGCCGACCCCGGGAUUGGUGGUAAAGGUGGAGGAGCAGCAGGGGGCUGGGUAUAUUUGA